GCUGCUACCCCUGAUGGUGCUACCGAGGUUGUCGUCAAGUUUGCGAGUCGAUACGGUAAAGCAGCCCACCGCCUCUUAUCCGAUGCCAAACUGGCCCCAAAGCUCCACUGGUGCGAGCCAAUCAUCGGGGGCCUUUUUAUGGUCGUCAUGGACCAUCUCGAAGACGGUGCAUCAAUCUGGCGACUGCGAAACAGUUCAAGGCCCAAACCUGUUCCCGAAGCUGUCUUGAGGGAUGUUAAAAGGGCACUAAAGCUCUUGCACGAGAAUAGGUUUGUGUUCGGAGACCUGCGUGACACGAAUGUUGUUUCUUCCAAGGAGCAAGGGUUUCUCGUUGAUUUCGAUUGGGCUGGGAAGGAAGGAGAGGACAGAUACCCAGCCGCGCUCAAUGAAAAUAAUAAGUGGCAUGACGAGGUUCGUGCGCACGCCGUUAUGAGCAAGGCGCAUGAUGAUUAUCAGUUCGAGCAGUUGGAGGCUCAGCUGAAGUAG